UUUAAGUAACUCACAAAGCCAUAUAACAGAACUCUGUUAUCAAACAUAACGUGCAUGUGUGUACCUCGAGGGUUUUUCCUUCCUAUUUCUUCCUCAGCAGUCAGCGAACUAUCAAUUUUCCAUAUUGGCGGUCAUUUUUCUUCGAUUUUUUUCUCUCCGUUGCUCAAAUACAAAGUACUGUGCUCUGCCUCUACAGUUAACUUCAUUUUGCAGUUGCUAGGGUUUAACAUUCGCGUAUUUCAAUUUUCCGAAUCAACAGGUAGAUGAAAGGAGAAGCAUGACCAGCGAAGGUGAAGAUCGAAGCUUGGUUGAGCCGUUAGGGUUGGAAGGAACCGAAGAUGAGUUUUCCAAGUAAUUAAUCUCACGACGCUUUUCUAAUUUUCAUUCCGUAUUAUUCUUCGCUGUGUUCAAUUGCAAAAUUGUGAUUCAUAUUAUUCAUGGAAAAUCAAGCGUUGGUGAUUGUUUUAGCGAAUCUGUACUCAGAUUUUGCAUUUUUUCAUUUUGCAGAGGCGGAAAGUUGAAAAUUAAGUAUGUAAGAGAUUUGCUUUUGAAAUUUAUUGAAGUCGAAGUUUGCCGCAAAUUACCUAGAGAUUUUGACCCGUUAAUUCUGAGGUAAGAAUUUUUUUUCUCCUCUAUGCUAAUUUUGUUCUGGAUAGCUUUGUGAAUUGUGCAACAUUAUUAUAAUCAUUAUCGAUUUUCUGUUGCUCGGAGCCAGCUGCCUAAUAUAUGCGUGUUGACGCGUCGAAUUCAGAAACCUCUGUAGAUAGUAUCGACUUUCGAAUGUUAUACUAAGAACUUAGUGAUCUUGGUGGAGAAUCUGAUGAUGCGAUGGAACACGGAAGGCUGUCUGGUAAACCAUCUCCUUGUGAUCCGUUACCAUCUACCAGAUCGUGGUUGGGUUUCCCUAGUGAAAAAAUGGAGGACAACCAGAGUAAACGGAGUCACUGGCUUGGAGAUUGUAGUUCAGCGAUGAGUGAUGCCGUGUGUCAGCAAGUACCUCCGAGAUCUAGAUAUUUUGCUGAGAUUUUGAGUCAACCGAUCCAAAAAGAUGAUCUGAAUCAACUUAAAAAGAGUGAAAACCCUUAUCUUCCUCCCCAUCUUAAUAAGAAGAUGCAGAAAACAUUGGAUACUUCUUCUGAACUUGGGUCAGAAUCCUCGGAAUAUUCCUCCUCACCAAAUGAUAGCAUUACAGAAAGUGACAAAUCUGGGUAUAGGUUUCCUCUUGCAAGAGUAGAUGACUCGCUGAAAAUGCAGGAAACUUUGGAUACUUCUUCUGAACUUGGAGCACAAUCCUCGGAAGAUUCCUCCUCACCAAAUGAUAGCAUUACAGAAAGUGACAAAUCUGGGUAUAGGUUUCCUUUUGCAAGAGUAGAUGACUCGCUGAAAAUGCAGGAAACUUUGGAUACUUCUUCUGAACUCGGAGCAGAAUCCUCGGAGGAUUCCUCCUCUUUGCCAAAUGAGUCUAACCAUAGAGCUCCAGCUAUUAGCACUACAGACAAUGAAAAAUCUGGGACUGGGUUUACCCUUGCAGGAAUAGACGACUCAGUGAAAAUGCAGGAAAUUUUGGACCCUUCUUCUGAACAUGGAGCAAGAUCUUCGGAGGGUUCCUCUUUUUCACCAAUCGAGUCAAACCAAAGCGGUUCAGUUGAUAGCAUUACAGAAAAUGACAAAUCUGGGUAUGGUUUUCCUCUUGCAGGAGUAGAUUACUCGGCGAAAACAUUGUUUGGUGAAUUUGAGGCCACUUGGGUGGACAGUGACGGAAGGGGAACAGUUGAUUGCAACAAUGAGCUUGUGCUGGGAAUCCUUGAGAAUGAUGAAUUUAUAUAUGACAAAUAUUGGGACGAAAUUUUAGAUAUUAUCGAACUGCAGCUAGAGCCAGAGCGCUUGCCGUCACCCACCCCUGAAAACAAGCCUGAUUCAGAAGUUAAAAAGUUGUUUUCUGAUGAGGAUAGUUCGAUUCCAUUAGACCACUCGACAUUACCUGCAAGUCUGAAUUUGGAUUCUUCGAACAAUACCAGUUCUGAAACUGAAAUCAUUUGGCCGGAUGAAGAUAGCUUAAUUCUGAUCUCUACUGAUAAGGUGACAUCAAAUAAGGCAGUUAACAUGGGAAAGAAUUCAGUAUCUCCAAAUUUUACCAAGUCUGGAGAUAAAUCUACCUCACACGGUUGUAAUGCUCAAUCGCUUCAUAACUUCUCAGCCUCGGCAACUCAAGGGAAACCAUAUCCUCAGCAAUCUUACUCUCGGAGAUUUACUGAAAUGUUUGGACCAGAGAUGCCCUUACCCUGUCUACCGAAGAAUUUCCGUCCAAAGUCCAUGCUUCGCAGUACCUUCCCUUUCACAUCCAAUCAUAAUCGCUACGGUUAUCCUAAUUUUCCUUUCCAAUCUUUCCAGGAAAAUAAUUUCACCAACACAAAAGCUAAUGAUCCCUUUGUUCAGUAUUCACUGUUACAUCAACCAAAACCUGAAAUGAACACAAAGCAGUUCUCGAGCUGGCCUCCACAACGAGCAAUCUAUCAUGGCUUUGGAAAUUAAACUGCAGUUGCCCUGGAACUUGCCAUUGUAUGGAGAGCUCAACUCUGAGGCACCUGUUUGGCACAUCGUAUGGUUACUAGGUCAACGAUCAAUUUGAUGGCAGUGUGGUAAUUUUCAACCCAUUCGAAUAGAUACAUGUUGACUCCUUUAUGCAUAAUAGCUAGUAUGAACAGUGACAGUAAAUCGAAACUAUAACAAUAACUGGAGCUCGUGCAAAACGACUGUAAUUCUCUGUACAGCAAUCCUUCGGACUUGUUUUGCAGCA